CUUUAACCAAGAACUUCCACACAGCUCACUGACCAAGAGCUUCCACAUCGAUUCUGCUCGUUCCCUCUCAAACCGCGAACCUUCUCAGAGGCUAAAACUAGCACAACAACGCGAUUGAAACCAACUUACGUAAUACAUAACUGCUGCACACACGGUACCCGACGUUUACUUGCCAGCACCUCCAUGGCCAUGGACUCAUCACUAGAUCUGAACGGUUUGGCAAAGUCUCUACCAGCAGCAAACCUAGAGAAAGCUGAGAAGGACUUGUUGAACAACUUCAAAGCUGCUGCGCUCAGUAUAACAACCCUUUACCGAUCUUCAAGGCAUGCAUCCAAACGCGCUUAUAAUGCAGGAUAUGCAACGGCUUGUCAAGAUCUCAUGUCGAUGAUCCAACAGGGCGUUUCUACAGGUGGUGUAGCACUAUCUGGGUCAAGCAACCCAGCCGGAGACGUGAUGACGAUCGGGAGAAUCAUGGACUGGAUUGAGGCUAGAAUGGAGGCUGUAAAGGCUCGCGAAGAAGAGGAAGAUGAGGAUGAAGACCGUGAAAAAGAAAAAGAAAGAGCAAGAGGGAGCGUCCCUGCAAGCCGCCCCAAUACAAAUAAAGACUCUACUCCCCGUCAUAUCUUCCCCGGGGACAAUACGAGGAACACUGAACAACCAGGUCCCUCUUCUUCCCCCCUGGAACAGCAAACUGUUGCUCCAGCGCCUUUGACUCCGCAUUCCCCUUUCACGGUUAACGUCUCAAAUGUUCCAAACAGACAAACUUCGCCUACGCCAUCCGCUGUGCCACCUACGCGCCAAUCAAGCCACCCGUACGCCGGCCAACGUCCAUCCAAAUCCCGUGCGUCAGGCGCCAAGAAAGACAAUUCCGAGCCAUUCCCCAUUGGCCCACCUAUCACAGCGUGCCUUACACCGUCAGAGAAUCUAUUCCGCACGCCUCCUGUUACGGCCGCAGCAUCUGUUACAGGAGACCCUGCUUUCUCCGACUAUACCGCUGGCGCUAAGCGUCGUCACGCUGUCAUGAUGAUGCUCGAUUCCACCGCUGCUUCAGGCGUUACCGAGUCAUCGUCACAAGGGAGUAGCGUCUCAUCAACAAUCACAUCCGCCUCUGGAAAUACCAGACGGAGAACGCGGAGCUCACGCACAUCCGUCCUUGGCACCAGUCAUACACAGACCCAGAACAACUUGGGGGACGCCAUGGACGUAGAAGAUGAGGGACGAGAACGAAAGCGAGUGGCUAGACGGUGAAAACCAUUCAAUUAGAAGUAAUAAAGGUAGGUAUUACCUUUAACUGUAUGUCAUAGGAUCGCGCUGUUUUUCUAUCACAUUUUCACACAAUCCUUCAGCAUUUAAUUUAACACACUUCUGAUCCCCAUCCCCUUGUAUUGCUCACCCUGUAUGUACGCUUGAUUUCAAGUGAUACCAAUUUUUGUUUGGCGGUCAUUUCAUCCCCAUUACUGUUCUACACUAAUAUAUGCAGUGGUUUAUGGUUUACGUACCAGGACUGGAAUAUCAUAAAGGAGAACGUCUCAAUCCACUGCGACUGUUAUAGCCCUUGGCGUUAUUCCGCAACUCAUCCCCACCUUCCCCCACUCGUUCUUGUACGCUACAUUCCUAGAAGAAACCCCAGAAACUUGGCUCCCCUAUCCACUU